ACUCUGUUCUUGGGCCAAGAUGGCGUCUGUCGCAUAGUGCGUUUUUCGCAUAUUCAUUUAUUCAAGAAAAAGCGCUAUUUAAAGUCGGAAUGACCACAAUUGCGGACUUGUUCACAAAGUACAAUUGCACUAAUUGCCAGGAUGAUAUCCAGGGCAUACGUGUGCAUUGUGCUGAGUGCGAAAAUUUCGAUCUGUGCCUGCAAUGCUUCGCUACUGGUGCAGAGAUUGGCGCCCAUCAAAACAAUCACGCAUAUCAGUUCAUGGACACCGGCACUGCCAUAUUGAGCGUGUUCCGCGGCAAAGGCGCCUGGACGGCACGCGAGGAGAUUCGUCUGCUGGAUGCCAUUGAACAGUAUGGCUUUGGAAACUGGGAGGACAUUAGCAAACAUAUUGAAACCAAGUCCGCUGAAGAUGCCAAAGAGGAGUAUGUAAAUAAGUUUGUUAACGGCACCAUUGGCAAGGCCACAUGGACGCCUGCGCAAUUGCAACGACCUAUUCUGAUCGAUCAUACGGAGGAUGAUACUGGGCCCUUGGGCGCCAAUGCACUUGCCCGCCUGCCACCGCUAGAGAUAAGCAACGAGGAAGCGCUUCAACUGGGCUAUAUGCCCAAUCGUGAUAGCUUUGAACGCGAAUAUGAUCCAACUGCUGAACAGUUGAUCUCUACUAUUACAUUCAGCUCAGAGGAUGUGGAAGUUGAUGUCAUGCUAAAGCUGGCGCACGUUGAUAUCUAUACACGUCGCCUUCGGGAGCGUGCACGCCGAAAACGCAUGGUGCGUGACUAUCAACUAGUGUCCAAUUUCUUUCGCAAUCGCAACUAUGCAUUGCAUCCGGGCUUGAGCAAAGAGCAGAAGGAAUUCCGUGAUCGUUUUCGUGUCUUUGCACAGUUCUACUCCUGCAAUGAGUACGAACGCCUGCUGGGCUCACUGGAGCGCGAGAAGGAGCUCCGCAUAAGACAGUCGGAGCUGUAUCGCUAUCGCUAUAAUGGCAUCACCAAGAUCGAUGAUUGCCGGCACUUUGAGCAGCAUGCGGCGGUGGCUACACAUCGUUCAACGGGACCGUAUGGCCAUGGGAAGACAGACAACACACAUCCCUACAAUGGAAGUCAUCGGCCGCUAAGCUCUUCCUUGCACUCCCCUCAAGCGAAUCCCAGAAAGGCCGAACCGUUAAGCGGCGCCGAGGCAAGUUCAAGUUCAAUCGCACCAAGAAGCAUGCACCACAUCGGCGACCCGACCUGCUCCGGCGCAUUAUUGCCCAGCAGAAGCUACUUGGAUAGCUAUCGGACAUCGUCGGCAGCUACGACAACGAUGCUGCCGACGACAAUGACGACGGCGACGGCGGCGGCGAUGGGGCUGAACACGGGCAUGGGUCAGGGGAUGACGUUGGACUCGGCAAUAACAGCGACGGCAGUGACUUCCACGGCUACGAUGACGGCAGCCCAGGCGAACCUGCCACACUCGACAGCAGCAGCGAAGGGCAACCCACAACAUCAGCAGCAGCUGCUGCAAAGCGGCGCAAAAAUGCCGUCGCAGCUAAACGAGGCCGCCGCCGGCAGCAAUAGUGCGACAGAGGAGCAGCAACAGCAGCAGCAGCCGCCCAGUAUGAGCUACAUACUGCGCAGCCAGUUGGAUGAGUUGAAGCGUCUACCAGAGCCGUUGGGCAGCAAUUUGCUCACGCACAACGAGCUGGAUGUUUGCAAAAAGCACAACAUUACGCCCACAACGUAUCUUUCCCUGAAAACGGUAUGCCUAAGCGGUGCUCCAUCUUUGGGUAGUCCCAUGGAAAUCUCGUUGCGCAAGUUUUUUAUCAAAUGCGGCUGGCUGAGCCACUGAACUUUGCGAUGUUACUGUCGUCGUUAUUGCUGUUGUUGCCAUUUCCCUGAAA